CCGCGCGUGGUGAACUGAGUAGGCUUCUCUGGGAGCAUUUCUGCAGACCUGCGGCUUUCUCUGUGAGAGAUUCCACUGUGCCCCUGACCGUCCCGUCCUCCAGCGGUCUCGCCGCCCGAGCAUCCGCGCCGUGGGGCGGACAGCGGCUGCGAUUCUCGCGGGCCGUCUGGUGUGUGCGCCUCGCGGGAGCCGGACGGGGCGCGGGUCCGGGGCGAGGGCCGGCUGGGCUGUUUGAUGGCUUCACUGAGAAGAGUCAAAGUGCUGCUGGUGUUGAACUUGAUCGCGGUGGCCGGCUUCGUCCUCUUUCUGGCCAAGUGCCGACCCAUCGCUGUGCGCAGCGGAGACGCUUUCCAUGAGAUCCGGCCGCGCGCCGAGGCAGCCAACAUUAGCGCGCACAGCGUCAGCCCCAUCCAGGAUGCGGUCCUGAAGCGCCUCUCCCUGCUCGAGGACAUCGUCUACCGGCAGUUGAAUGGCUUAUCCAAAUCCCUUGGGCUCAUAGAAGGGUAUGGUGGGCGGGGGAAAGGGGGUCUUCCAGCUACCCUUUCCCCUGCUGAAGAAGAAAAAGCCAAGGGACCCCAUGAGAAGUAUGGCUACAAUUCCUACCUCAGUGAAAAAAUUUCACUGGAUCGUUCCAUUCCGGAUUAUCGUCCUACCAAGUGUAAGGAGCUCAAGUACUCCAAAGAGCUGCCUCAGAUCUCCAUCAUCUUCAUCUUUGUGAACGAGGCCCUGUCGGUGAUCCUGCGGUCGGUCCACAGCGCUGUCAAUCACACACCCACACACCUGCUGAAGGAGAUCAUUCUGGUGGACGACAACAGUGACGAAGAGGAGCUGAAGGCCCCCCUGGAGGAGUACGUCCACAAACGCUACCCUGGGCUGGUGAAGGUGGUGCGAAAUCAAAAGAGAGAAGGCCUGAUCCGCGCUCGCAUUGAGGGCUGGAAGGUGGCCACCGGCCAGGUCACUGGCUUCUUUGAUGCCCAUGUGGAAUUCACUGCUGGCUGGGCUGAGCCGGUUCUCUCCCGCAUCCAGGAAAACCGGAAGCGAGUGAUCCUCCCCUCCAUCGACAACAUCAAACAGGACAACUUCGAGGUGCAGCGCUAUGAGAACUCGGCCCAUGGGUACAGCUGGGAGCUGUGGUGCAUGUACAUCAGCCCCCCAAAAGACUGGUGGGAUGCCGGAGACCCUUCUCUCCCCAUCAGGACACCGGCCAUGAUAGGCUGCUCGUUCGUGGUCAACAGGAAGUUCUUUGGUGAAAUUGGUCUUCUGGACCCUGGAAUGGAUGUGUAUGGAGGAGAAAAUAUCGAACUUGGAAUCAAGGUAUGGCUUUGCGGGGGCAGCAUGGAGGUCCUUCCCUGCUCACGGGUGGCCCACAUUGAGCGAAAGAAGAAGCCAUACAACAGCAACAUUGGUUUCUACACCAAGAGGAAUGCACUCCGGGUUGCUGAGGUCUGGAUGGACGAUUACAAGUCUCAUGUGUACAUAGCGUGGAACCUGCCACUGGAGAAUCCAGGAAUUGACAUAGGCGAUGUCUCCGAGAGAAGAGCACUGAGGAAAAGUUUAAAGUGUAAGAAUUUCCAGUGGUACCUGGACCACGUAUACCCAGAAAUGAGAAGAUACAAUAAUACCAUUGCAUAUGGGGAGCUUCGCAACAACAAAGCAAAAGACGUCUGCCUGGACCAGGGGCCACUGGAGAACCAUACAGCAAUAUUGUACCCAUGCCACGGCUGGGGACCGCAGCUUGCCCGCUACACCAAGGAAGGCUUCCUGCAUUUGGGUGCCCUGGGAACCACCACUCUCCUCCCUGACACCCGCUGCCUGGUAGACAACUCCAAGAGUCGGCUGCCCCAGCUCCUCGACUGUGACAAGGUCAAAAGCAGCCUAUACAAGCGCUGGAACUUCAUCCAGAAUGGAGCCAUCAUGAACAAGGGGACAGGGCGCUGCCUGGAGGUGGAGAACCGCGGCCUGGCUGGCAUUGACCUCAUCCUCCGCAGCUGCACGGGACAGAGGUGGACCAUUAAGAACUCUAUCAAGUAGACAGACAGAGCUGGCACCCUGCAACCUGGCCCCAGGACACAGCUGGUCAGGCCAUCCUCUGGACCAGCUACACUUGGUGGAGAGACAGCAAGAACCAACAGGUGCUCGCUGGGCCUCCCAGGGCUUCUCCAGGGCAGCAGGGGGCCCACAUAGAGACUUCAUGUCCCCCCUCAGGCAUCUGGCUGCCCACAAGGCUCACACACCCUGGAAAAGCCCCCCACCCCUUCUCUGGGAAACCAGGAGCUGUGUCUUCUGCAGCCCUAGUGUGGAUCCGGCACCAAGCAGUGAGACUGUCCUCGUCUCUGCCGUGUCAUCUGUCACCUGAGCAGCAGGAUCUGGGACCAGCAGGGUCCCCUCCCAUGUCUCAUCCCUUGCAGCAGCAGCAGCAGCUUCUGAACUCCAGCCCAGCCCUCAGUAUGGUGGGACACAGCAGGGACUUCAGCGACACCCUGGGACCCUAUUUCCCCCAGGGUUGCUUCUGCCCAGGUGCCUGUCCACACCUGCAGCAGCUGGCACCCAAUCCUUCCCACCAGGGUUACCUUGGAGACUAUGGCUCUGGAAAUGUCCAAAAGGAACUGAUGCUUCUUCCGUUGGACACCUGGGCACAGGCCAGCUGUCCUACCCAUGUCUGGAGAGAGCCAGAGACAGAAAUAAGCUGAGCUUGCAGGAUGAUCUGAGCUGGGAGUGGUUCCGAGGGGUGGAGCCUGGCGGGGAGCAGGGAGCCCUGACUCAUGGAGGCUACCCCUGGGAGCAGCAGUCCAGCUAGAACUCAAGGGCUGCACCCAGCACCGCCAAGGGCGCCAGGAACCUCGAAGACGCUUCACGCCCACCUCAUUUCACCCCACGCUCUGCUGGCUGGCAGGGGAGAAGGCAGUCGUUUCCUCUCUUAAGAGUAAUAAUUUUUUCCGAUUGCCCUCUGGUUAGGGUGCACUUAUAAACUAGAGUUAAUAUAUGGAUGUGUGUGCAUGCACAUGAGUGCCUGUGCUGCGUGCUGUGUGAGGCAGGGGUGUGCGUGUGCCCCUGGUGUGUGUGUCUGAGUGUGUGUGGAGCUCACCGAGCUGCGUGGCCUUGGGCUUGCUGCUUACCCACUCGCCUGCCGAGAAGUGUGGGGUGAGGACAAAGCUUGGCCUUGCCCCCGUGGUGCCCCAGAUGGAAACCUGUCCCUCCUGCCAGUUCCCAGCUCUCCCUGUGCUGUCCUGGGCCACCCUGCCCAGAGCCGAACCCUGUAGUUGCCCCAUUGCUCAGCGCAGGUUUCACGGUGUGUCAUUGGCGGCAUCUUCCUGGUGAUCAUCUUCGCACCCCAUCUCCCACCUUGUGAAAUAAAUACACAUUAGCACUU